AUUGAGACGCAGGGUAUGUAUUUUACAAGCCUCGCUAGGGACGGCCCUGCAGUCACAUGGCCAAGACCGUCAUGGCAGCGUCACAUAUUCGACCAAUCAGCAGCGACUUUUGGAGAGGAACUGAGGACAAAUAUCUAAUGCAGAAAUAAUACACGUGUGUUUCAUCAGCCAUCCUCACUGAAGAAGAAAGGACACUUCUCGCAUCUCAUCCGAGAUACACCAACUCAAGCAUCUUUUAAAGCAUCAGAAUGUGUGGUAUAUGGGCCUUGUUUGGUAGUGAUGACUGCCUUGCGGUUCAGUGCACCAAGGCCAUGAAGAUCGCCCAUCGUGGUCCAGAUGCUUUCCGCUUUGAGAAUGUCAAUGGAUUCACCAACUGUUGCUUUGGGUUUCACCGCCUUGCCAUUGUGGACCAGCUGUAUGGCAUGCAGCCUCUGCGUGUCAAGAAGUUUCCCUACCUCUGGUUGUGUUACAACGGUGAGAUCUACAACCACAUCAGGCUGAAGGACCACUAUGGUUUUGAGUAUCAGACCAAAGUCGAUGGAGAGAUCCUUCUGCACCUGUACGAUCGCUUUGGAAUCGAGAAGAUGGCAACUCUGCUAGAUGGCGUGUUUGCAUUCAUCCUGUUGGAUACUGCUAACAGAAAGGUUUUCUUAGGGAGGGACACCUACGGUGUGAGACCACUGUUCAAACUGCUCACUGACGAUGGCUUCCUAGCUGCCUGUUCUGAGGCCAAAGGUUUGACGGAGAUCACACACUCCAUGUCCACUCCUGCAAAGAUCACCCCCUUCCCCCCAGGAUACUUUGAGGUGUUUGACUUGCAGCUCACUGGAAAAGUGAAGUCUGUCAUGAUAAAUCGCUUUCACUGCUGCACAGAUGAACCCAAACAUGCCUCCUAUAACAUCCUUCAGGGCCUUGGCACAGGCUUUGAAUUGGAGACGGUCAAGAGCAACAUUAGGAUCCUGUUUGAAAAUGCUGUAAAGAAACGCUUGAUGGCUCACAGAAGAAUCGGCUGCCUCCUCUCAGGUGGUCUCGAUUCAAGUCUGGUUGCCGCGACACUCGUGAAACUUGCCAAAGAAGAACAGCUUCCGUAUCCCAUUCAGACCUUUGCCAUUGGUUCAGAUGACAGCCCAGAUGUUAUUGCUGCCCGCAAGGUGGCAGCCCACAUUGGCAGCGAACACCAUGAGGUGAACUUCACACCUGAGGAGGGUAUCCGCGCGCUGGACGAAGUUAUCUUUCACUUGGAGAGUUACGACAUCACCACUGUGCGUGCCUCUGUUGGUAUGUACCUGAUAUCAAAGUACAUCCGUGAGAAGACUGACAGCGUUGUGAUUUUCUCAGGUGAAGGCUCUGAUGAGCUGACACAAGGAUACAUCUACUUCCAUAAGGCACCGUCCCCUAAAGCGGGUGCUGAGGACAGCGUACGUCUGCUGAAAGAGCUUUAUCUGUUUGAUGUGCUGAGAGCGGACAGAACCACAGCUGCACAUGGACUGGAGCUGAGAGUGCCUUUCCUGGACCAUAGAUUCACCGCAUACUACCUCUCUCUGCCUGCAGAGAUGAGAGCACCAACGGAUGGUGUGGAGAAGUAUCUCCUGAGGGAAUCGUUUAAAGGGAUGAACCUUAUCCCAGAUGAGAUUCUCUGGAGAAGGAAAGAGGCCUUCAGUGAUGGUAUAACAUCCUUGAAGAAAUCCUGGUACACAAGCCUACAGGAGCACAUCGAGUCUGAGGUGAACGACUCUCAGUUGGAGAAGGCUAAUAAGCUGUUCCCUUACAACCCCCCCAAAACCAAAGAAGGCUUCUACAUAAGGCAGGUCUUCGAGAAGAUGUACCCCGGCCGCAGCGACUGGACGCCACAUUACUGGAUGCCCCGCUGGAUCAAGGCCACAGACCCCUCAGCCAGAACCCUGUCCAUCUACAAGCCUGAUAAAGACUAGUAAUCACAUCAUUCUUCAGACCUUGGCUAAAGAUUAUUCUCUACAGCAUACAUGCAUGCCACAUGGAGUUGGUUCAGAAUUUAUGAGCUACAUUCCUCUGUUAAAUUAGCUAAAUUCAAGUUUUGUCUUUUAAAGACAACUGAAUUUGUAAUACUGCAGAUCAAUUCUUCACAGAAGUAUCUUUUAAAGGAGAAAAAAAAAAGAAGAAAAAAAAAAGGAAGGCCCUGACCGCUUGUCAAGCCUUCAAGCUGCCUUGCUGAGGUUCAGUGUUAUAUAGAAUAUAUUGAGUGCCAUUUACGUCCAUUUUUUUUUUUUUCUUCAUUAAGCUUUAUAUUGUUAAACAGAAUCUAAAAAGAACGGAAGCGAGGUAUAGAUUGUUGGUUAAAGGACUCCUGUACAAAAAAAAUUGUACAGUAACCUAUAAAUAAUAUUUUUGUUACUGCUUUGAAUCUCAAAACUUUACAUUAGCCAACAUUGUCAACUAAAGAGUUUUAUACAAUGAUUCAGAAAGGAGAUCCAUAAGAUUUUACGAUCAGGGGUGCAUUUCGCAAAGCCAACUAUGGUCACGAGUUCCAUCAUUAUCAAUAAAGUUCAAUGGAACUUGCGACUAUAGGUGACUAACGAUGCUUUUGGGAAAUGCACCCCUGGGCUGGAAAAGUUGUUGGUUUGAUUCUUACAGGCCAUGAACUACUUCCAUUUUGCACUUGAGCUAAGCAUUUUACCCAUGUUCCUUCAGUCGGACUGUCCCUUUGAAUGUAUUUGCAUGUUUAGAGUUAGUUUUUUGACGGAUUAGCCAUUGGUUGGCUAGGUGAAAUUAAAGGGAUGGUCUACUAAAAAUAUAAAUAGUGAAUUUAUUAACCCUUACAAUGUUCUAAACCUGAAUGCAUUUCUUCUACAAAACAAAUGGAAUUUACAAUUGUUUGUAACCAAACUGUUUUUGAUCAGUCACUUCCAUUAAAUGGAGGCACACACACAAAAGCUUUUUUUCAAAAUAUCUUUUGUGUUCCACAGAAUAAAGUUAUACAGGUUUGUAAUGACACGAGGGUGAGUAAAUGACGAUUUUCAUAUUUGUCAGAAAUAUUCCUCUUAAAAUGUAUUCCUAAGAGCAGCAUGGCUGUUAUUCUGAGUCUAUUAAUGUGUGUUUUGUUUGGUGCACCAACACUAAUCUGGUAGAAAAUGAUUUUAGCAUUACAUUAAUAAAAUGGAUGUGUAUGUAA